AUGGCAGUCUGGCAAGUUUUUCUAAAGCUUCUUCUGACAAGUGGCAUCGCCCAAGUGGUCGCGUGGGUGCUACCGAUAGAGCCAAGAACAAAAAAGACCGCUCUUUCCACCCUAAAAAACGGGUGUCAGUCGAACCGUCGAGCGCUCUUGACGAGUGCUUUUACAACCUCUGCUGCCGCCUUUAGUGUUCUCUCAUUCCCCAACCAUGCAGCCGCUGCUACACGGGCUGUUGGUAGCGGAGAAAUUGCAUGUAGGGAGGCCGGUGAUUGCCUUCAAAAGGGUGAAUGGGAUGGAGCUGUGGGAUGGAACUGGGGCGGCAAGGAUCGCUGUGAUGCUUCCGAUCCCCAAUGCGGACCCGAUGGAAAAUUGCGGGGCGAAAUCGUGGGCAAAAGUGUUCCGCCCGAAAUUUCACAAAUCACCUGCGUGGCGGUGAUUCGUAUAGACGUUGGUCGCGAAGAGUCCGGUGUUUUGAGAUUGGGUUUCUACGGAAAAGACGCCCCUGCUUCCGUAGAGCAGUUGGCAAGCUUUUUGUCGGAGGGUCUUGAGACUCUAGCGAGCAACGGAAAUAGGCUAGGCUCAACCAGUAUUCCAGUGUCGCUAACUUGUGGUGGUGUAAUUGAUACUAUUGUGCCGGGCUCGGUGGUUGAUUUUGGUGUGCCAUCGCAAACGUUCGCUUAUGGGCGAAGUCGAGGCAUGUCAAGGGUCGACAACUUUGUAGUACAGCCCCGCCCGAAAGCAACCGCUACCGCCGGUGACAAGAGCGUUCGAUCGCAUGAUGCUGCAGGACUCGUUUCGGUAUCACUCAAAGGACUGGGCUAUGGGGGGACCGGGUUUGAAUCCGAUGACGAGGCGUUCGAAAGUUCCUUUUUAAUCACAGCCGAUGCAGUGCCGUCUCUCGAUAAAACACGAAGGGUUGUCGGGCAGGUUUUGGAUGCAUCCAGUAUGGCCUUCUUGGAACGUCUCGCUUCGCUUCCGACAAAGCGUGGGAUACGCGGUGUGAUUCCUGGACAAACGUCCGGUCCACCCUUACUCAAGACGGUGGUGCGCGAAGUCGCUGUGUCUCGCGUGACAGAUCCUUCUCUGAGUAGCUAG